GCUCAUGCAUGAAUAAGAAAUGAAGUUGAACGAAACCAGAAUGGAUCUCAGCACACACCGCUUGACCACUUGGCUGCUCCUCCUUCUGGCCACAGUUGCCCUGGGAAAUGCCCAAACCAGUCUGCUCACCGUCGAUUCCCAUGACAUCACCGUUCUGCUGAACGGCAACGAGACUUUUCUGGUCUUCGCCAACGGAUUACUAGCCAGCGAUGUGCAAGUUACGCUGGGAACGGAUUCGGAGGAUCACUUGCUCCUUGAUCCCGCGUCCUUCGUUUAUCCAGCGGGCAGUACUCGGAAUCGGUCGGUGGUGAUAACUGGCCUCAAAGCCGGCAACGUCAAAGUGGUCGCCGAUAGCGAUGAUGCGAACAAAGAGAUUGUGAAGGAUGUUUUCGUUCGCGUGACUGUGGCCAAAUCGAGAGCUUUGAUCUACACCUCCAUCAUCUUUGGUUGGGUUUACUUUGUGGCCUGGUCGGUGUCCUUCUAUCCGCAGAUCUGGAGCAACUAUCGCCGCAAGUCCGUCGAGGGUCUGAACUUCGACUUCCUGGCCCUCAACAUCGUGGGCUUCACCCUGUACAGCAUGUUCAACUGCGGCCUCUACUUCAUCGAGGAGCUGCAGGAGGAGUACGAGGUGCGAUAUCCGCUGGGAGUGAAUCCUGUGAUGCUCAACGACGUGGUCUUCUCAUUGCACGCCAUGUUCGCCACCUGCAUUACGAUCCUGCAGUGCUUCUUCUAUCAGAGAGCACAGCAGAGGGUGUCGUUCAUUGCCUACGGAAUCCUGGCCAUCUUCGCCGUGGUGGUCGUCGUGUCCGCCGGUUUGGCCGGUGGAUCCGUCAUCCAUUGGCUGGACUUUCUGUACUACUGCAGCUACGUCAAGCUGACCAUUACCAUCAUCAAGUACGUGCCGCAGGCUCUGAUGAACUAUCGCCGGAAGAGCACCUCCGGCUGGAGCAUCGGCAACAUUCUGCUGGAUUUCACGGGAGGAACGCUGAGCAUGCUGCAGAUGAUUCUAAAUGCCCAUAAUUACGAUGACUGGGUGUCCAUUUUCGGGGAUCCCACCAAAUUCGGACUGGGUCUGUUUUCCGUGCUCUUCGAUGUGUUCUUCAUGCUGCAGCACUACGUGUUUUACAGGCAUUCGCGGGAAUCCUCGAGCUCUGACCUCACCACCGUGACGGAGGUUCAAAAUCGAUCAAAUGAGUCGCCGCCGAGCGAAGUGACGACUGAGAAAUAUUAGAGCUGCAUUAUCAUAUAUCUGCUGUAGAGAAAGACUUUUGUGCCAGUAGCGCUUUAUGUACAUUUUUAGAAUUGUAAAUAUAUCCGUAUGCCGUAGCUGCCUAAGCUUUUGUAUAA